AUGGUCGCCACACCCUCGCUCAGCAUGGCGCUGCGACGCGCUGCCGCCACUCGUGCGUCGCUCGCUUCCGCUUCCGCACGAUCGCUCCACACCACCCGCACCGUCCGUGCCGGCGCCUCGUCCUCCUCGUCCUCCGCCGCCGCUGCCGAUGAGGAAUACCCGUCCGAGGGCUUCGGCGCUCCCAUCUGGCGCUACACCUUCCUCGGCGCUAUCGCCGCUUUCGGCCUGUACCGCAUCUCGACGCUGCACGCCGACCCGCACCCGUCCAGAGCCUCGUCGUCCGGCCGCUCCGCACCGGGCAACGAGUCGGAAGACAACCUGCACGUAGAAGGCCAGAAGCCCUGGCUGACCCGCUACAUCGAACACUGGACCACCCCCUCCUCCGUCUGGAAGGAGCGCAAUGCCAGGCACCUCGAACUCGUCAAGGAAAAGGCAGAGGAGCGCCUCCUCUUCCAGGACGCAGAACGCCCGCCCGUACACAGGUUGCGAUACACCCAGAUCUUCGAGCAGGCAUCGCCUCACGGCAUCGGCGCCGGCUCGCAAGUCGACCUCUCGGACCUCAAGAUCAAGCGCGCAUCCGAGUAG